CUGAAACCGACCACUAGUAGAAGUGCGGGUAUACCAAAGACGACUUCGUCUGUUCAUCGUAUGAAGCGGCGGAGUCUGGUUUUCAUCGAAUUCGCGGAAGAGAUGCAGGUAGCGACUAUACAGCGUGGGGUCCCAUUUGAUGACAGCACUUCAACAAAGCCACGGGGCAAGUAACUGAAGGCACCAGUGGAGCCUUAAAGUCUCUAGUGUGUUCAACGGGUGUUCUUCAUCAGCGCACCUCAUCGCCAUUAUUGUGGCCCGUCUCGGUGGGCAUGGGGCGAGACCGAAUUCUAUGCCGAACAACUGUGCUGAUCGCACCACAAUGUCGUCCGUACUCGACACACCACCCGACAACGAGACGGCGUGGGAAGUACCCGUGACAGCCGGAGAUGUACCCGUGACAGCUGGAGAUGUACCCGUGACAGCCGGAGAUCUGUUUGGCCCGCAUUACGCCAAGACGUUGCGCAUUGCACUUAUCAGUGUCAUGCUUGUGCUGUCGCUUAUAGGCAAUUCGAUCGUGUGUCACCGUCUGCUGACAUCGCGGCGGCACAGAAUGUUCAAGGCGCAGAUGCUCUUUCUGAACCUUGCCCUCGCCGACCUUCUCGUCACUCUGGUCACCAUGAGUUCUCAAUUGGUGUGGGAGGUCCUGGGCCGCGUCUGGGUCGCAGGAGACGCGGCCUGCAGAUUGUUCAAGGUGCUGCAGACGUUCGCACUCGUCUCAUCUACGUACAUGCUGGUCGGCAUCGCGGUGGACCGCCACUACGCCAUCUGCAAGCCGCUGGCGCCGGCUCCCAAACCACGAUCGCUGGUCACAGUCUGCUGGCUGCUGUCUCUCCUUCCGUCCCUUCCGAACGCGUUCAUGUUCCGGAUAGUUGUGAUACGGAGCGAGUGCUACUGUGCCUCUAUCUUCUACAUAUACCAGGACUCCGUGGUUCUACGUCAAGCCUACAUGGCUUUCAUCUUCACGCUGGUGUUCAUAUUACCGUUGGUGGUUCUAGUGGCGCUGUACUCUUGCAUCUUGUUCAGAAUGUGGAAGAUAAGCAGCACCGCUUCUAACGGGCAGCGAGGGGAUGCCACCGCUGUGUCGUGUACUGGUUGCGUAGAGGGUGCCGGUACCACUCUGCCCAAAGCGCGACUGCGAACUUUCAAGAUGGCAGCGAUUAUAUUUGUCGCGUUUCUCGUGACGAACCUUCCCUACAUGGUGCAGGAAAUGCUGCUCGCCUUCGCACCGAACGUCUCGCUCGGACCUCACAUAGUUGCCGUGUUUGGCGUCAUCUCAGCAUCGAACAGCGCCAUCAACCCGUACGUCUUUCUGGCCUUCAACGGUGGCGCCACCGUCUUCGGGUGUGACGCCCACGUGCGCAUCUUGUGGCGCCGCCUGGCGUGUUCUUCGGGCUCAAAACGAACCACUGGCACUUUUCGCACUGCCUGGUCGACAUUGCAGACUCGCAACAGAAGGCGCUCGCCGACGGUCAAAAUGUUUCCCUCACCCGGCAAAAACGAGUGCGGUGAAUCACAGCGAAAAGUCCCAGAAAUAGACGGGAUGGCGCCACUGGGAGAAUGCCUUUAGCUACUUACUCGUAGUACGUGUUUGGCCGUUCUUUCACUGGCAGCAGGGAGAUGAGAAGGUCACCAAUAUUUGUGAGGCAAACUUAACUAAUCAUCAAGUG